UUAACUUAAUUGUUAAAAUUUAACUAGGGCCUAUAAUGAAAAUGUAGUGUAUAGUUAUUAUUUUCUAAUUUUUAAGAGCCUAGUAAGAUGUGGGUAAAACCUAAAGAAGUUCUGAUUGCCAAUGCAUUCUGGACGACUGAACAAGCCAGUCUAUAUUUCGUUCUCCAGCGUCGUAAAGGCCAUGGGAAAACAUCAAGCAUCACAUCUCUCUUUGUGGGGACAAUAGAUUCUGUGUUUGAUACAAAACCACCUCCAUACCGCAUACUACAUCAGACCCCCACUUCUGAAGUCUACUACUUAAUCGCCUGUUCACUUACUCUGGCCGAGAUACAGAAGGACUGGGAAUGGCUGCAAGAGAAUCUCGACUGUUUGUCUUCGUUUGAGAAGGAGGAGGACGUCACAGAGUUUGUAUGCUGCAAGAUCAACUCCAUGAUCGCCAACCACCAAAAUGAAGCAAUUGCAUUCGAAGACGAAGAAACCAAAGCAUUCAAGAAUGCCUCCUCAAAAUUUCGCCGGACAUUCAAUUUACCUGUGGAAGAUAAACUAGUUAGUUAUUAUUCAUGCAGUUACCUGAAGGGCAGGUUACCCUUCCAAGGCUGGAUGUAUCUGUCUGUCUCCCACUUGUGUUUCUACGGCUACAUCCUCGGCACGGAGAAGAAGAUAAUCAUCCGAUGGACCGAUGUUACAGAACUAGAGAAGACCAGCGGAUAUUUGUUUCCAGACUCAAUAAAAAUCUCUACCAGAGAUAACACGUUCUAUUUCUCCAUGUUUUUACACAAAGCAGAGACUUACACGCUGAUGACUCAACUCAUCAACUUGGCCAUGAAACAGCUCAUUGAUGAAAAAACUGGAUUCAGCGUCGAUCGUGAUCUUCUAACCAAACUGAGUAAAAACGUGGCCAAGAAACAGUCGUUUCUGAAGCGUGAUCUGGAUGCUCGCUCGCUCUCAGAGGCGUAUCGUCUCAUGUUCCACCUUCCUCAAAGCGAAAAGUUGGACGGAUCGACGGAGGCGACACUGUGGACACCAUACAACAAGACACACGUGUGGGGGCGAAUGUUCAUCUCGCAAAACUACAUCUGCUUCGACAGCCGGGUGAAAGGGCUGGUCAGUUUAGUACUGCCGUUGAGAGAUGUGGUGCAAAUAGAGCGAGCGGAAAACCAGGCUUCCAACCCCUCCGUGGACCAUUCCAUCCUCAUCACCACUCGGACAGCUCAACGAUCUACCUUCCUCUUCUCACAAAUACAAGACAGGGACUUUGUGGUACAGAAACUGUCAGAUCUCUUGGCCAAGAUACGCAUGGUAGCAUUAGCGAGGGAACUAAGAUGCACAAAUCCAGAAAGUCCUUUAACUGAAGACAGUGAUUGGCAAGUGCAGCCACCGAUGAUGACAGUGUUCAAACCUACACCUUCGCCUGAAUGCAAAGCUCGUCAGGAGGUUAAGGCUAAACAGUGGGAGUUACAUUUCUCCGAGUACGGUCGAGGCAUCUCCAUGUAUCGCACGACUGAGAUCGCCAAACUUGUGCUGCAGGGUAUCCCGGACUCUCUACGACGGGAGGUCUGGAUAAACUUCUCUGGAGCGCGAAACGAGAUGGCCAGUAAUCCCGGAGUCUACCGAGACUUGGUCAACAAGAACAUCAAUAUUCACUCUACAGCCAGUGACGAGAUAGAGCGAGAUCUGCACCGCUCUCUGCCUGAGCAUCCUGCGUUCCAGUCAGAGAUGGGCAUCGGAGCUCUACGGCGAGUGUUGGUAGCCUACGCUGCACGCAAUCCACAGAUCGGCUACUGCCAGGCUAUGAACAUAGUGACCAGCGUUCUCUUGAUCUUCUGCUCUGAAGAAGAAGCUUUCUGGCAACUAGUGUGCGUUUGUGAAAAUCUUCUACCGGACUACUACAACACUAAGGUUGUAGGAGCUCUGGUAGACCAAGGUGUUCUAGAUGAUUUGAUCGCAGAACAUCUGCCACAUCUACACACGGCCCUGCAACAGCUGGGCAUGAUCAAAAUGAUCUCACUCUCUUGGUUCCUUACUAUCUUUCUCAGUGUAAUGCCGUAUGGAAGUGCAGUCAACAUUGUGGACUGUUUUUUCUACGACGGUGCUAAAGUAAUUUUCCAGGUGGCGUUGACCAUUUUGGAAACAAACCAAGACAAACUGUUGACGUGCACUGAUGACGGUGAAGCUAUGCAGAUCUUGUCUGAUUACCUGUCGGGAGUCUUCAAUGAUGAAGAACCUCAUCGGGCAAUCAUCAGAGAUGGGAUACCUGUCAACAAGAGUGUGUCGGUGCAGUCGUUGCUGUACGACGCGUACACAAAGUACGGCUCUCUGACCACCGGAGAGAUAGAGCAGCUCAGGAUCAAACAUCGGCUCCGAGUGGUGCAGUCGCUCGAAGACGGACUGAGUCGUAACAUCAUGAGGUCGAUCGUGGCCGACGGCUACUUCCGACAGGAGGAGCUCAUGGAGUUACUUCAGUUUAUCCGAGAGGAGUUGCUAGGCAACCAGAAGCAGCACGAGGAGCGUUACGACCCGUCCCGGCCACCUUACGAGGCCUACAGCAUAGACUACGACCUGUUCCACACGUUGUUUGUCGGCAUCUCUCCCUGGGGCAAAGGCACUCGCCCUGACGACCUGUCUGCCCGUCUGUUUAGGUUGAUGGAUCGUAACGGGGAUGGGAGGUUGAACGUGAGAGAAGUGGUGACUGCUCUAGGCUUGACCUGCACAGCUGAACUGACACAGAGACUGAGGCUACUGUAUAUAAUCCAUCUGCCUCCACUGCUACCAACCGCUGACAUUGAAUCUCCCACCGUAUCUGAUGACGGUGCAGAAGUAGCGACUGAAGCGACAGACUUCUUUGAAGACUCGCUUCAGUUGCUUAACUCAGGCUCCAGUUCCUCUACCCCAGUGCUGGAACGUUCUGUGAGCACCUCCAGCAACCAAGGCCCUCCCGGUUCUGAGGAGACAUGGGAAGUGCGCAGCAUGAGUUCUCUGCGCGCGCUGAUAGAGUCUCCUCGCUCCAAGGCCACUCCGCGCAUGAGUCAGCCGCACUUCAUUGCUCUGUGGCGCACGCUGCACGACAUUCUCACGGCUCAACCGGAGGACCAGGAUAUGUACCAUGCAAUCGCCACCAUUGGUACAUUGUUACUACAGCUUGGAGAUGUAAGCAAGAAAUUCUACGCAGCUAGGGACGAGUCGAACGAGAGCCUAGUACAAGUUGCCGACCAAUGGCAGAGCCCAACUGAUGCGGUGUCAGACAGGAACGGUAACCCCGGUAGUCUGGCGGAUGCCGAGUGGUCCAUCGCGUUGGAACAGUUCAUCGCCACCACGCUCACUGGUCAAGUUAUCGUGGACUUCUUCAGUCAGAAGAUCAACAUCGUGGAGGCUGUGAGUCACAUGCGGAAACGGAGGUUCACUACGAUACACAGCCUGGCUGAUCUUCAGUGACAGAUAGUUUGGGUCCAUGAAUGCACGCCUGACUAGAUCAUGGACUCAUCAAAAGCAGAUUGUUGAUAUUUCAAGAUUGCAGUAAAAUCCACCUACUGAGAACUGAGCUAAUCUUUAAGAAGUUAAGUGUGAUAGAAGUUGUGUAAAUGUAUGAGUAUUUUAAUAGUAUGUAUCAAUUAGUGCUUUAUUUGUUAUACUAUUUUCUAACAUAUUAUUAUUACAUUGUAAUUUUAUACACAGAUUAUUUUAACGAAACAAGGUAAAACAUUCCAUAGUCUUAAAAAUUAAAUAUAUAUCGUGCCAUAGCUUAUUAAUACUUUAGUGCAAUAUUUUUGUAAGAUAUAUACUUGAGUUUAAUAUAUGGGUUUGAUACUCUUUAAGAAAAACAUACAUUUCCUUAAUAAUAUAGAAAACUGCUAUUUUUAAAUACUUAUUUUUGAAAGAAAUAGUUUUUUUAGGUUUUAAUAUAUAUUACUGAGUUAAACUUAGCCUUUUAAAGGAUAAUUUUUUUAUAUUUUAUGAAGGAUUAUUCUGAUUAAGUGUGUAUGGAUUUUUUUGUCUGUUUAACUGAUUGUUGGUGAUUAUUUAAUGGAGAUUAAACCAUAACAUGGUUUAAAGCAAUCCACAAAAUGCAAUGAAACAAUUUUAUAAUAAAAAGAAGUAUACUAUUGAAUAUUGAUCAUAAAGAUUAAACAUGAAUUGUAAUUAAUUUGGAUAGUAUACUACAUAAACCUGUAUGAAUCAUAUACACUUUGCAUUUGAUUUAUACUUAUCAGUGAAAUUGAAGGAAUAUCUAUCUAUCUUCUAUAUCUAUAAAAGAGGAACUAUGUAUGUAUGAUUGUAUAUAUGUAACUUAUGGACUCCGAAACCGCACGACAGAUUGUAAUGAAACGUUCAGGCAUUAUUAAUCAUUAUUCAAGGAUGGUUUGUGUGAAGUUUGGCGCAGAUCCGUCAAAAGGGCUCCGCCCCAGAGGGUUUUAAGGGGUCCAAGGUCAGAUGUUUGGAACUACAAUGUUUACAAAUAAAUAAAAUUUAAAAGCAGAUAUUUACUUUCACCAACUGUUUUGUAGGUUUUAAUAAUCACAACAUUCUGUAUUAGUCACAAUUUGAUCCACAGAAUGCAGCACAGAAAACUAUUUUGCUUAUGGAUAAGUCUAAAUAUAUUAAGCCACAAUCGCAGCACACCUGUGCAAUCAACAACGUUUAAAUUCUCCACUAUUAAAUAUGUAAACAUAAAUGGGUAACUUACGCCUAAAAAGUUAUAUAUUUAUACACCGAAUGAAAAAAAAAAAAACAAAAAACAUUGUUUAUCCACUAACAAUUAAGUUAAAUAAAUAUUCUAUUUUUGUUUUUGGUGUACAUUUUUAAUAUUUAUCUUACAGAAAAAAUACUAUUUAAAAUAAUAGUUGUUAAGCGCAGCAACGUGCGCCAGGUAACUGCUAGUUUUGUAUAAAUGCUAGGAUUGUGUGCCUAUUUUGUGCUCUACCUUUUACAUGAUGUUUAGCUUGCUAUAGGAGCUUUUAAAUUUAGAAAGAUUAUUAUUUGUGUUAUAAACAAUGUCCAGUGUAGUUAUAGACCGCUGUAGAUAGGUGUACAGAAUAAACUUUACCACUCCUAUAGAAAAAAAAUGUUAUCUACUAAAACAAAUAACUAACAUAUUACAGCAAUAG